UGCUAAUCUCGUUGCGUUAGUUGAACGCGAGCAACGACACCGUGUCGGAUUGGCGGUGGAAAAAGCAGAUUGCGACACAGCGGUUCAAAGGGGAGGCUCCGUGCACCGAGCGGAGCGGGAAGUCCACCGAGGCUCAGUUCAGCGGAAGUGGAGCUAGAGCGAAGUUUGUACGCAACAGGUGUCCGCUCCUUUGUGUGCGCUCGUUGUGCGAAUCCCGGUCGAACGUGUGUCUGACGUGGUUUCGGGCAGCUCCGGCAAAAAAAAAAAAGUUUCCGUCUGCGAGAGAAGCGACAACAUGUCCAACCUCCGACCCAAACUGUGUGUGCUGGAGAAGGGAGCCAGCGGCUACGGGUUCCACCUGCACGGAGAGAAGGGAAAGGCCGGCCAGUUCAUCCGGCUUGUGGAGGCGGACACUCCCGCCUCCGAAGCCGGACUCCACGCCGGCGACCGCCUGGCCUUUGUGAACGGGGACAGCGUGGAGGGCGAGAGCCACCAGCAAGUGGUCGCCCGGAUACGGGCCACCGCGGGGCCGCUGGAGCUUAUCGUCGUCGACGUCGCGACGGCCGAGCUCCUGGAGAAACACGACCUGCGGUGCCGGAAAGAGUUCGUCACCGAGGGGAUUCCCUUGCCCGGACGGGACAGCGACUCUGACCGCGUAGACGCGCAGAGCAACGGGACCUCCGGGGAGCCGCCGGCCGCCCCGAGCGAGAACGGGGACGCCGCCUCGGAGAAGUCGGAGAGGCUGAGUGUCGGCUCCAGCACCAAGGAGGAGCGAGACGGGCCGCGGCCACGGCUCUGCCACAUGAAGAAGGGAGCCGGCGGCUACGGCUUCAACCUGCACAGCGAGAAGACCAAGCCGGGCCAGUUCAUCCGAGCCGUGGACCCAGACUCUCCGGCACAGAGAGCGGGCGUGAGGCCGCGGGACAAGCUGGUCCAGGUCAACAACAUGUCGGUGAUUGGCAUGCCGCACUCCGAGGUGGUCGCAGCCAUCAAGGCGGGAGGAGACGAGACCACGCUGCUGCUGGUGGAUGCUGAGGCCGAGGACUUCUUCAAUAGAUGCAACGUGGAGCCCACCGUGGCGCACGUCACCGGACCUCUUCCUGAGCCGGCAUCAGAGAGAGCAUCAGAAGAGAAGCCGCGGAAGGAGGCAGCAGCAGAGAGGCGGGCUAAAGUGUCGCUGAGCUCGUCGGCCUCCAGCGCCUCCUCCAACGCCUCGCUGCCCGCCGCCAGCAGGGAGCUGCCCGCCGCCAGCAGGGAGCCGCCGCCCGCCACAAAGGGCGCUGCAGGAGACGGGCUGAGUCUGCCCGCGUCACUGGCCGAGGCCAAAGAACGAGCCCGGCAGAAACGAGCUGCCAAGAAGGCCCCGUCUAUGGACUGGAGCAAGAGGAAUGAACUGUUCGGCAACCUGUAAAUCAUCAUCAUCAUCCUCCUCCUCCUCCUCUUCACCCUCAGCACAUUGGCCCUCCUGACGUGUCGGGUCCCUGAAUGGGACUUUUCACUUGACACAGUGUUCAUUCGGAACAUUUUAAUCUCAUGUUCUACAGUAUUAUGAUGAUUUCAUUUGUUUUGAUUUGAGGGCGUCACACAGGAACGAAUGUUAAUAUAUUAAGUAGAAUGUGUAGUAGAGAAAAUAGUAAUGUACAGUUUCACAUAAGAAUGCAUAGAGGGGUGUUAGCUGAGUUUAAAUUUGAUUUUCAAUGAGUUUGAUUUAAAUUCUUUUUGUCUGCAAUCAGCAGCUAAAAUGAAAAGUAUGCGUUAUAGUCUGUGUACAGGAUGAAGGCAAUGCAUCCUGGGAACAAUCCCACAGUUUUCUCCCAGCUGAGCUUUCUCCUUUUUCCGCUUGGCUCUUAAUUGUACAUAUGAUUAAAUGAUUUCCUCCUCAGUGAAUAGUUGAUUCUGCUAAAAUGAUACGAGACUUUUACUACAUGAAACUAUAAAAGGAAUGCGUAUAUGAGCAGUGACAAAUAAACCCUUUGACAUACUAUU